CCAUGGGGGAUUGGGCACCCUGGGGAGGUGAGGGCGGGGGCGUGGUGAGGGCUCCGGGUGCCCCCGAAGGACACCGGCCCCCUGUCGUGCCCAGCUCCCCAUGGCGAAGGCCGGGCACGCCUGGAGCCGCGCGGCGGCGGCGGAGCAGGGCGAGGCGGAGGAGGGCGAGGAUCCCCUGGAUGCCAUGAUCGCGCGGACCGGGUGCCUGGAGCAGCACCGGCAGCUGCAGGAGUGCAUGGCGGAGCGGCAGGACUGGCGGCACUGCCAGGCGCAGCUCCGCGCCUUCGGAGCCUGCAUGGCACAGCGGCAGCAGCAGCAGCAGCAGCGGGGGCCGAUCCCAGCCCGGCCCACGGACUGACUGACACCCCCCGUUUGGGGUUUAUUUCUGUACCUGCGGAAUUGUUGGGAAAUUAAAGCAGGAAUUUGGCAUC